AUGCAAUGGAAGAUGGCGAUGAAGAUGAUGACGAUGACGACGACGACAACGAAGGCAAUUAUCUGCAUCCCAGCCUUUUCGCGUCUAAGAAACGGAGCAGGCUAGAAGAGCUGAUGAAGCCACUGAAGGUGGUGGAUCCCGAUCACCCAUUGGCAGCCCUUGUUCGCAAAGCUCAAGCCGAAAACGCCAGUGCAGCUCAGGCGGGCGAAGGGACAGCUGCUCCAUCGUCCCAAAUGGAAUAUUCUUCCGAUCCAACAAUGGCAGCCAUGUACUACAGCUACUACAUGCUGCCCGAUGGAACGUAUUGCUUCGCCCCACCGCCGCCGGGGAUUGACAUGGCUACUUACUACAGCGCCCUGCCAGCUGGGGUGACGGUGUCGAGCACCACCGGCGUAGCCACCAUCACAGCACCUCCGCCUCCUGGCACGACGCCACCGCCAUCCUCUUCUGAAGCCAGUGAAGACACGAGUGGCGCAUUACCUGGCACAAGCACUUCAGCAAGCUCAAUUCCUCCAGUGGUUGCCGUCAUCCCUCCACCUCCAGAUAUCCAGCCCGUAAUUGACAAGCUAGCCGAGUAUGUUGCGAGAAAUGGGAUUAAAUUUGAGACCAGCGUUCGUGCCAAGAAUGAUCCGAGAUUUGAAUUUCUGCAGCCUUGGCAUCAGUACAAUGCCUACUACGAAUUUAAGAAACAGUUCUUCCUUCAGAAAGAGGCCAGUGACAGCUCAAAGGUUGCCUCUUUGUCGGAGGACGUUUCUACUGACACGCCCAGCGUGGCACCUGGAGAGACCCAGUUUCCUGCUGAGCAGAGUCCCGAAGACGCCGAUUCAGCGGUUGAAGGAAAUAAUGCCAAGGACGCAGCUGCCAUCAAAAUUAGCAAUGAUGGCAAACUGAUAAAAGUGUCAUUUGCACCCAUCAGCUUUGCAAUCCGGGCCAAAGAAAACGAUAUGCUCCCCUUGGAGAAGAACCGGGUGAAGCUCGAUGACGAUAGUGACGAGGAGGAGGAAGAAGGCAAAGAGGGCCAGGAGAACGCCAGUAGCACCUCCAACAGCGCCGCCCUCCUGGCCUCCUCCAGCAGUGCCCCGGAAGAAAAAAAGCCCCAGCUGACCCAGGAAGAGCUGGAAGCCAAGCAAGACGGUCAGUAAUAUCCCCUGUGCUCUGUUGACCGGCAUCCGGACGUUACCAGUCCUAGAAGCCAAGGUGCCCGAAAGGCCUACCAGCAAAUGCAGAGAUCUCCCCAGAGAAGAAGAGAAAGAGAAGAAGAAGAAGAAACACAAGAAACGAUCCAGAUCACGGUCCCAGACCCCUCCUUCCAAAUACUACUCCUCCUCCUCUUCCUCCAAAGCCAAAUCGCGAUCCCAUUCGAAAGCAAAGCAUUCGCUUCCCACGGCGUACAGAACCGUCCGGCAUUCCAGGUGAGCGUUUUCUUCCUAACUCGUGAAAUGC